AUGGCCUCUAUCUUCUGCGCUAUUUCUUUUAUAAAAAGCGUUUUUGUCACAAGUUCAGAAAAAUAUUGUACCAGGUCUGCGGUCUACCGAACAGCAACUAAUGAAUUUGCUAAAUAUAAGUUUAAAGCAUUUUAUAUGAAAGAAUCAUCGCUUAUUGAAGAAUUGACUGAAAAAACUAUCACUAUGAUAAUUGGUUGUUUUGUAUUUGAAGAUGAGUUAAAUGUUACAGUUUCUCAAAGUGUAUCUUUGCAAAUUAAAACAUUACAAAACGAACCUAACAUUUACGAUCUGCCAAUUGCACCUACUUUCAGAAUUUUUUCUGCACCUGUUCAAAACCCUUCUAAACCACAUGGUGACAGUGCAAUCUUUUGUUUAAAAAAGGGAGUCUAUAAUAGUAUGAAUGGAAAAACUACUGAUUUGUCAGUUAUAUGCAAGUAUAAUCCAAAUCCGAAAGGUUGCCAUUCGAAUGUAGCUGAAGCUACACAUUGUCAAACUGUUAUUUCUGUUGCUGGUGAACUAAUUUUUGUUGAGAAAUCUAUUUUUGUGUUAUGUGAAGCAAUAGAAUGGAAUUAUUAUGUAAUGCGAGAAAAUUCAAAAUUGCAGUUGUGUGAUGGGACAGAACCU